AUUUUCAGGUUGAAGUUCUAUCUCCAGGAAGCCGCAGGACGCCCAGCGAAGGGAUGUGGCGCUCAGUGAGGCUGAGCAGAGGGUUUCGCUCCGGUUCUGGGCUCCCUCGCAGUGCCGCCAGCCGCUCCUUAUCAGCUGCGGUUCCUGUGAGGGCAGCCACCCGGCAUUGGAGCGAAGACACAGCCUGAGGGCAUCUGUACCCCCUGAGGGGCCCAGGAGGAAACUGAGGCCCGCAGAUUUGCCCAAAGUUCCUCUAGGACCCUCUCACAGCGUUCUCCAUCCCCAGCUUUCCUACCUUCCCUUCCUCCUCCAGCCCCCAACGUUGCAGAAUCAGGAACCCUCCCUUCGAGAACAUGGCACUUAUUAAUUUUACAAACUGUAUGUUGAAUCAGGAUGUCUUAAUUGGUACAUAAAUCUUUACAGAUCGCAUAAGAUUUUGUUUAAAAUAGCAUGGGAAUAAAAAUGCAUCUUAGGUAGUUUUUAUCAAAUAAGUUUGUCUCUCCAAUACUCCUGAAAGGUUGGCAAGAAAAGGUUCUUCUUGCCUCCUCCUGGAUGGGGAAACUGAGCCAGCAAGGUGAGGCGGCCUCCGUCGGCUCCCUCUCAGUGCAUAGUUGAGCCUGAAGUGAAGCUGCAGGCCUGGCCUUCCCUCCAAGGUUUGGCUCCCCAGGAGAACCAUCUCCAGGGCCCUCAGAAGAAGAGUCAACGAUGUCCGAGUGUCUUUUCUCCCCUGGACAUUGCAUGACUGCAGUGAGCUGGCUGGCGGGUGAAGUGGGCAGGGUUAAUUCAUCCAGGAUAUUGUGUGGGGGCUGGGAGGCAGGUCUGCCCACAGUGGGUCCCCCCUGUGCUUUGUUUUUCUUUGAUGGUUAGAGCCUGUGAUGCCUGAACCACUGUCUGGCUGGGGAUCCAGCAUGGUCACUGGCUGCUGUGAGGGCUGAUGUUUCCCCAACUUUCUCAGCCUCUGUUGCUGUUGUUCCUGGCCAGGAGAAGCAAGGCAUUUGGUUUUCCACAUGCCUGAAAGAGAGAAGAUUAAUCCCUACAUCUGGAAGAGGUAGUGUUUGCAGGAAAGGUUGGAAGAGAUUGGGAAGUGGACUCUGCUUAUUUGGUGUCUGCAGAAGAGCAGAAAAGUAACUCCAAGUUAACCAGCUGGGCUGCAGGAGCCCCAGGGCCUUUGAACCUGCACUAGUGACAGCUUUAGAUUAGUGCUGGGUUGUGAUUGGAUUGUGGUUGUCCAAGGCCAUCUAGUACAGGGGGAUGGGGAGAGGAGAGAGACUCUGGGGCUGCCCUGAACCGGUGAGGGCGUGCCCUACCUAUAGGGGGCAGCUUUGACUCAGCUGCAGCCAGUUGGGGGAAAAACAGACUUGACAGGUCUUGUUAAUUUUUAAGAGAAUUCUCAAGUCUGGAUAUUUAAGUGUGGACUCAAAUUUUAGAAGGAGAGUAGAGGUUUAGAGGUGAGUGUGCUGCUAGGAGUUCUGAAGCUUGACAUCUGGCCCUGUGUUUGUAUACUGGGAAGGGUGUCUCACUAUCAAAGAUGUGACACAUGACAGGACAUGGGGAUCACACCCCCGAUGGCCAAGGGACGAGGAAUUGACAGGUGCCCAUAGUGCCUGCAGCCGUGUGCCAGUCUCCUUCACAUGCUUGUGUGUCAUGCGUUCAUUCAGUAGCGCUUUGAUAAAUUCCCAUGAUGUGGAAAGUGACACUCUGUAUGAAACUUUUCAUAUAAUUUCAUUUACCAAGUAGAUUUCACAGUUGAGCAUCUGAGGGUGUUGCAAUGAUAACACAGACAUAGUCCCAGCCCUCCUGGGAGCGGACAGAGAAAAACACCUGCCCCAGACAGACAAAUGAAGGUAAUCUGACAUUUUAAAGAUUUUGCUCCCCAUGAAGAGGAAACAUUUCAAGGGAACCCGGGAUGUAAAAGAAGGAACCUUCCUGGGCAUCUCCAUGGAUGGCAUGCUGGUCCAUCCCUCACUGAGAAGACCAUGAUGUCUUCUAAUCUCUUGGGUGUUUCCACGUUCUCCAGCAAGAAUUCUUCCUCUUCAUUUUGUGCCAUGGGAAAAACCUGAAGGACAGGCGGAAUUGCCCCUGAACUCUUGGCUUUUUCCACUGUUGCACUGGCUCUUAGAGAACAUGACAAUUGGAGAUCACUUCCGUUGGCUGUCGUUCAGGGUAGAACCAAAGACUGUGCUUCCUCAUUCUCUAGUGCUUUGGCACCCGCUCGUUUUUAUAUUUAUUUCUGUUGCUUGUGCCUUCCAACCACCUUAUAUAAUCACAAGACGUCCUUAAAGUUUCCAGCGUGACUUGCAUGCAUCCGGACUCCUCGGGGGCUCGCCCAUGGCUCGUUGGGCCAGCAGUCCAAGGGCAUUACCAUGAGGCACUGCAUUAAUUGCUGCAUACAGUUGUCACCCGACGACUCGCACAAACAGCGAGUUGGCUGCCGAGGAGGCCCGCAUCACAGUUGCCAAGAGUGCCCUGCAUGCAAAGGAGAAAACAAAAUUGUGUUUCGUGUGGACGGUAAGCAGAUGAACUUGCUUGCUGUUCUCGAAGUGAGGGCUGACGGGAACGAGAGCUGGGGUGGGUUUUUGCGCUUCAAGAAGGGGAAACGAUGUAGUCUCAUUUUUGGAUUGAUAAUAAUGACCUUGGUGAUGGCGUCUUACAUCCUUUCUGGGGCCCACCAAGAGCUUCUGAUCUCAUCGCCUUUCCACUACGGAGCCUUCCCCAGCAAUCCCAGCUUGAUGGACGGUGAAAACCCGAGUGACACGAAAGAGCAUCAUCACCAACCCUCUGUAAAUAAUAUUUCAUACGUGAAGGACUAUCCCAGCAUUAAAUUAAUUAUCAACAGCAUCACAGCCAGGAUAGAGUUCACGACCAGACAGCUCCCAGACGUAGAAGAUCUCAAGAAGCAGGAGCUGCAUAUGUUUUCGGUAAUCCCCAGUAAAUUUCUCCCAAGUAGUAAGAGCCCCUGUUGGUACGAGGAGUUCACGGGGAGGAACACCACCGACCCCUACCUGACCAACUCCUACGUGCUCUACUCCAAGCGCUUCCGCUCCACCUUUGACGCCCUGCGCAAGGCCUUCUGGGGCCACCUGUCCCACGCCAACGGGAAGCACUUCCGCCUCCGCUGCCUGCCCCACUUCUACAUCAUCGGGCAGCCCAAGUGCGGCACCACCGACCUCUACGACCGCCUCCGGCUGCACCCUGAGGUGAAGUUCUCGGCCAUCAAGGAGCCGCACUGGUGGACACGGAAGCGGUUUGGAAUCGUCCGCCUGAGAGAUGGGCUGAGGGACCGCUACCCUGUGGAAGAUUAUCUGGACCUGUUUGACCUGGCCGCACACGAGAUUCAUCAAGGCCUGCAGGCCGGCUCUGCAAAGGAGCAGAGCAAGAUGAAUAGAAUCGUUAUUGGGGAGGCCAGCGCCUCCACCAUGUGGGAUAACAACGCCUGGGCGUUCUUCUAUGACAAUAGCACUGAUGGCGAGCCGCCGUUUCUGACCCAGGACUUCAUCCACGCCUUCCAGCCAGACGCAAAACUGAUUGUCAUGCUCAGGGACCCUGUGGAAAGGUUGUACUCAGACUAUCUCUACUUUGCAAGUUCGAAUAAAUCUGCAGAUGACUUCCAUGAAAAAGUGACAGAAGCUCUGCAGCUGUUUGAAAAUUGCAUGCUCGAUUAUUCCUUGCGCGCCUGUGUCUACAACAACACCCUCAAUAAUGCCAUGCCUGUGAGGCUCCAGGUCGGGCUGUACGCCGUGUAUCUUCUGGACUGGCUCACCGUUUUCAAUAAAGAACAGUUCCUCGUUCUUCGCCUGGAGGACCACGCAUCCAACGUCAAGUACACCAUGCGCAGGGUCUUCCAGUUUCUCAACCUUGGGCCCUUAAGUGAGAAGCAAGAGGCCUUGAUGACAAAGAGCCCCGCCUCCAACGUGCGGCGUCCCGAGGAUCGGAACCUGGGGCCCAUGUGGCCGGUCACACAGAGGAUCCUGCAGGACUUCUAUGGGCCUUUCAACGUGAGGUUGGCACAGGUUCUCGCCGACGAGGCGUUCGCGUGGAAGAAGACGUGAGGGCUGAUUUCCUGCUGCCGGCCCGGGGCCCGCGGUUUCAUUGUUAUCAGGAGUUCAGAAAUCUCUCUGUGGGGAGCCGUUGUACUCAUAGCAUGGAGAAAACCCGGGAUUCGAGUCUUCCUUCCCUCCCUAGGCACUUGUUUCUUAUAACCAUCUCAGAAUUCCCUUUGCGAUGGUCAGUAGCCCAGCAGUGGACCCUUCUCAGAGCUCCUGCAUCAAGGCCACUGGAAACUCCACUUCCGAAAGAAUUCCCUGCUGUCCAGGAGGGGCCGGAGCUCCUGGGACGAGGCUGGCGGGUGCAGGGCCGCGUGCGCAGAGGGGAGCUGACUCUAGGGUUGACGAUUCUGGGAUCCGAUUGAGCACUCUAGACGGCGUACCAGAACUUACACUUCACAUCCAGUUUUGAAACACUCUGUUUAGUUCACUAACCUCAUUUGGGCGGAGAAUGGAAGCUCUUCCGUUCCUUUUACCAAAGUCAGUGCUUCAGUCUCUUCACGUAUAAACACUGUUAACUUCAUUCUUUACAAGAGGAAAAACAAGUCCAUUUUUGUAGCACGUUCGUCUCUUGGGCUUCCUCCCAUUCUGUCUUUGUGGAUUUUACUUAUGUUUAACAUAGAAAAUGAAUGCAUUUAAAACAAACCACUUGCUGCAUUUCACUAGCCCUAGCUCUCUUUUCUGCUUUAGAUGUUUCCUCAAGACUUCAUUCAGGUUAUAAUUGGAAUCUAAAUUCGGUUUAGAAUUGGGAGGGAAAUUUUUGCUGUUGCAGUUGCCGGACUGAGCAACUUCAAGGAAUUAAACACUUCGUGGAAAAUCUAGGUCGCUUGGGCUCUCCUCGCACACAAGGUCAUCAGAACUGGAGGGUGUUCGAAGUUGUAGUUCUGGCCGCCCGACAGGCUCCGUUGCUCUGCCUUCCCCCUGGAAGGAGCUUAUUACCCACAUUCUCCGCCAGGUGUGGCCAGAGGCCCUCGCUCCCUUCACAAACUACGAGAUACUGGUGUCCUGAUUCAGAAACACAAUGCGUAAGCUUUCCUCGGGCCGAACGUGGUGUGCUGGGAUUCUUAAAGGAACUUUCUGGGACACUCGGCAGCUUGAUUUACUGAUGGAUGGGCUAAAGGUCUCAUCAUUUCUUGGAGGUGAUGGGGAAAGAGUGAAGAGAACACUGGAGCCCACUCGGCACACAGCCCCAGGUGGGACCCUAACGAAGCUUUACACUCCAGUGUUGUCAAGAGAAACUUCCUGCAAACCAGAACCAAAGUCAGAAAGUGCAGAUGUCGACAUACCCGACCGUCCCUCGCAGGCCUGAGGAUUUGCCCAGUGGUCCAGCCUGGCGCCGUUGUCUCUGCCGUCAGAGAUGGGAGGUGUGCCCAUUGGAAGGUGUGCGGAGGGCUCUCGGUACUGGCAUGGCCGGGCAAUUUCGGCUACUGAAAGAGCUGUGUGUCCUGAAGACCCCCUUUCGGGGACAAUCCCCCCUUUGUCUCGAAGCCGGCACUCAGAGCAGCAGCCAGUGGCGGGGUCUGGCCUGAGCACAACGGUGCUUUCGGGAGAUGUCACUUCAGUGCGCGUGUGUAUUUAUUUGCAGUGCGGGGGGUGUGUGUGUGUGCGCGUGUGCACGCGCGGAUGCAUUUUCUGAGUGGGUUCCCUUCAGUUCUGUGUCUGCUGUGAGGCUCCUCUGCUCUGGACACACCCCUUUCAUGGAGUCAUUUCUCUGCCACGUGGCUUGUCAUUUUCAGCACGUAUUUUGCUAUCCCAUCCCAACAAUAAUGACAGCAAGGGAUUCUUCUUACGCACUCCUAUGCAUGUGAAUAACAUGUAGUGUAAUUCUGCUUCUUACAGAAGUACUACUGAAGGUAUUGUUUCCAAUAUUAUUUGGUUUAUUAUACAGAUCUUUUUAUAUACACAGGCCCACCAUCCUGUGCCAGUCAGUGCCCUCCGGACACAGUUUCUCUCAAGGGGCUUUUCUCCAAAGGGCGUAUCUUCUGGCUUUGGUUUCUCUCGUUCGAGGCCCGGGUCUUGUUGACAGCACAGAUGCCGUUUCGAGCGGUGGUCCUAGAGCCUGUCGUCCAAAACCAAAGCGAAAUGGAGCAUUUCUCACGACCUGGUAUUGAAAUGACUUUGUGUUCCCCAAAGCUGUAUCGGACUGUAUUAGAUCGUACUCCCUUAGUCGUGUUGGUAUGUUAAGUGAACUGCAGUUAUGCUGUACUUUCAUUAAUAUUGAACAUGAUUAAAUGUGGACCCCUGUGCCUGGUACCCGA